AUGUCCAACGGUGCGUCGAGCCCUCUGGGCGGGAGCAGCGACGGCGAUGUGGACAUGGACACGGAUACCCUCGUCAAUGGCCACGACGACGAGGCCACCCCGCGCCCGGAGCCCAUCAACGAGAAUGCCCCCGUCAACAUAAUGCCCCUGCUCGCGAGGCACCAGUCCAACUCGGAGCGACACGACGUAUGCAUUGUCGGCGCCGGCCCGGCCGGACUCAUGCUCGGCCUGGUUCUCGCUCGAUUCGGCAUCAGGCCGCUCAUCCUGGACGAGCGCGCCGACCAGACACCCGUCGGUCGGGCAGACGGCCUCCAGCCCAAGACCAUCGAGACGCUGCGCAUGCUCGGUCUGGCCGACACCCUGCUCCAGCAGAGUGUCAAGAUCUACGACAUCACCAUGUGGCAGUCCAUGUCCUCGUCACAUGAGCCCGAACUGCGCCGCGUGGGCAGAGAAAUCCACUACCCCGCCUUCAUUGUCGACCUGGUCGACCCGUUCGUCCUCAUCGGCCACCAGGGCAUGGUGGAGAAGGCCUUCGCCUCGGACCUCGCCAAGCGCGGCAUCAGUGUGCGGAGAUGCCACAAGCUCGACUCCGUCAGCGUCAAGGAUGACGGCACCAUGGAGGUCAGCAGUGCGUUCAAUGUCACGCGCGACCUGAGGUCUUUCGAUACGACCUACCUCGUCGGCUGCGACGGGGCGCACUCACGGGUGCGGAAGUUGAUUGUUGGCCCGUCCGACCCAGGCGCUCGGGACGACCCGGAUGAGAUGUCCGUCUGGGGAGUUCUCGACGGUGAUGUCGAGACCAACUUCCCCGAUAUUUGGACCAAAUGCGUCGUCUUCUCCGAGCAGUACGGUAGUGUGUUGAUCAUCCCGAGGGAGCGGGACAUGACACGGCUGUACAUCGAGAUGAGACCAGACUCCGACAUAAGCGCCAACUCGAACCCUGCGCGAGUCCAAGCCGCCAUCAUGCGCCGGGCGGCGCAGAUCCUUCUCCCCUACCGGAUCCGAUGGAAGAGUGUCGAGUGGUUCGGCCAGUACCGCGUCUCACAACGGGUCGCGCCCAAGUUCUCCUCCGCCGUGCCCAUGCCGCCGGGGUCAGGCAGACAGCAGACGCCAACGCCCGCCACAAUCAACGAAGCCAUCGACAUCGAUACCGACGGCGAACAAAGGAUCUUUAUCGCCGGCGAUGCGGCCCACACGCACUCCCCCAAGGCCGCGCAGGGCAUGAACACGGCGCUGCACGACAGCUGGAAUCUGGCCUGGAAGCUGAAUCUCGCGAUCCGCGGCCUGGCAAAACCCUCGGUCCUCCUUGAUUCGUACUCCUGGGAGCGGCAGAAGAUCGCGCGCGAUCUGGUCGCCUUCGACUUCACGCACGCGCAGGAGAUGUCGCGCGGCAACCCGGCCGCGCUGGCGGACAACUUUCGCAAGAACGUGCGGUUCAUCUCCGGCGUGGGGUGCGAGUACGCCCCGAACGCACUGAACCGUGAGCCCGAGGGCUUCGACGAUGAAAAAGGCUCGGAGGAGGGAUCGACGGGCGCAGGCGCCGGCCACCAGAAACUGGGCGCGAGGCCUGGGUGCACGCUACCGCCGGGCAAAGUUUCUCGGUAUAUCGACGCUAACCCUGUCGACGUCCAGCUCGACAUUCCCGUGCUGGGCCAAUUCAGGCUGUACUUCUUCAUCCCAGAUAUCCUGUCUGCGCCGGCGGCCGCGUUUCUGGUGUCGCUGUGCGGCGCUAUUGCCGAGCCCGAGAGCCUGAUCCACCGGCUGUCCGCCGCGGCGGGCAAGAGCUACCUCGAGCGGCCGAGGGUGCCGAGCCAUGAGGACAUUUUCAAGCGGCCGGAGCGGUACAUCGCAGUGAGCCAGUUAUUCGCCUUUGCACUGAUCACAUCAACAUCAAAGCACCUCUUCGAGAUCUCAGACCUGCCCGCGAUCCUCUCCCGCUCGCCCUGGACCAUCUACCUGGACGACAUGCCGGACCUGGACACGCGGGGGCUGACGUGCACGGAGAAGUACCUGGGCGCGCCGCUGCAGGACGGCGAGGUCGCCAUCGUCAACGUGCGGCCCGACGGCUACGUCGGCGCCGUCCGCAGGUGGGACAUGACCCCCGGCGGCGUCGCCGACGACGCCGUCGAGACGGGCCGCGAGGCCGCCCGGUGGCUGGACGCGUACUUUGACGGCUUCUUGCAGGUGCCAGACGCUUGA